GCAAGUAUUUAGAGUUAGACCGAUCUUCUGCAAACUACAAUCCAAAUAAAUAACGAUAUAAACGAUCCUAUUUUUCAAUGCCCACAACCUGUUUGAUAAAAUGCCUGAAAGAAAUAAUAUUAUCCAUUUGUUACUAAAUUUCUCUCUUUUUCAGCUGGGUACAUCUGAUAUACUUAUACAGUAAUAUACGUAACUAGCCCCUGAUAGAAAGAUGGGUUUGCGCGAUAUGGCGAUGAGAAGCAAAGCAAUUAUCAAAUGGCCAAAACAAGUAACCACAACUUUAGUUUGGCAGUUGAUUAAAGCUGAAAAAAAUGUAGAAAAAGCUGUAAUGCUAUUUGAUUCCGCAACAGCAGAGUAUGCUAAUGGAUUUCAACACGAUGACAAGACUUACGGGCUUAUUAUCUCGAAGUUGUUGUCUGCAAAUCAGUUUAAAUUUGCAGAGGAUUUUGUUGAAAGAAUGAGAAAAGAGGAAUGUAAAGUUACUGAAGAAAUACUUUUAUCUAUAUGCAGAGCUUACGGACGGGUGCAUAAGCCUCAUGACGUUAUGAGGAUUUUCGGAAAGAUGAAGGAAUAUGAAUGUGAACCCACGUUGAAAGGUUAUGUUACGGUGUUCUCGAUUCUUGUUGAUGAAAACCAGUUGAAAGUAGCUUUGAAGUUCUACAAGUAUAUGAGACAGUUGGGUUUUCCUCCAAAUGUUCCUUCGCUUAAUGUCUUGAUUAAAGCACUUUCCAAGAAUAGUGGAACCAUGGAUUCUGCAAUUAGGAUAUUUCGUGAAAUGCCUAAACACGGGUGUAUUCCAGAUACUUACACAUAUGGCACACUGAUUAACGGGUUGUGUAGAUUGGGGAAGGUUAGUGAAGCCAAGGAGCUUCUAAAGGAGAUGGAGAGUAAAGGCUGUUCACCAAGUGUUGUCACCUACACAAGUUUAAUUCACGGGUUAUGCCAAUUGAAUAAUUUGGAUGAAGCUAUGAGAUUUCUUCAAGAAAUGGAGGAUAAGAGUAUUAUUCCUAAUGUUUAUACAUACAGUUCUCUUAUAAAUGGUCUUUGCAAAAACGGGCGGAGUUCUGAGGCCAUGGAGCUCUUGGAGGUGAUGGUUGGAAAACGCCAUAGGCCCAAUAUGGUAACUUACAGCACGUUACUUCAUGGAUUAUGUAAAGAAAGGAACCUCCUUGAUGCUUUAAAGAUAUUUGAUAGGAUGAAGCUUCAAGGGUUAAAACCAGAUGCGGGUCUGUAUUGGAAAGUUAUAGAAAUCUUUUGUGACGAUCAGAAAUUUCAAGAAGCGGCAAACUUUCUUGAGGAAAUGGUAUUUGAAGGAAUUCCAGUAAAGCGAGUAACUUGGAGUCUUCAUUUUAAGAUUCAUAAUACUGUGGUUCGAGGUCUUUGUAGAGUGAAUGAUUCAAACCGUGCAUUUUCGUUAUACCAUAGUAUGCGGAGUAAGGGAAUUUGUGUUGAUGCUGAAACUUUUGAAUUUCUGGUUGGUCUUUUUUGUAAGAAACAUGAUGUUUAUAAGGCCAUUCGUGUCUUUGAUGAGAUGGUAAUUGAUGGAUGCAUUCCUAGUAAAGAUACAUGGUGUGAUUUGGUGCGUAGAGUCUGGGUAAAACAAAAGGCGCAAGAAGCUAAUGACUUUAUAAAUGAACUUGUAGCUGUAAAUCAGAUUUGACAUUUAACCAUUUAUAGGACAGAGGACAUAAUAUGCAAAAGCCAAUGCUAGUCCAAGCAGCACAAUUUCUCUUUCUAUUCAAUUCAGAUUCAAGUCUGCAACAAAAUUUCGUGCCAUCUCAAAGUAUUUAACUAAAUGUUGCACGAUAAGUCAAGAGUGAAGCUAUGACCCAAGUUUUUUGUUCAAGAUCUUGGUUCUCUCUAAGAAUCUGUGAGGCUCAAUGAAAACCAUGAAAAAUCACUAAGGGCUGAAAAGCCACAGUUGACCAGGUGUCUUAACCCUGAUAGCUAAAGUGAGUUACAAAGCAAGAACCAGCCUGAUGAGCUAACAUGUUCAUGCUCAUAGAUUUGGGUAACAAUCUCUAUUCAAUCUUAAUAUUGACUUUUUUUUAUCUAUAUUUGGUCAUUUUGGUUCUUGAAUACUCUGAAAUGUUCUUGUCGGAUUUUCUUUUAGUUUUGAAUAAUGAGUUAUGGUUUUAUGA